GGUCAAAUGACUCAACAUUACUUGUCAAUUGGUAAUUACCAUGAGCUGUACUAGCAGCCAAUUUGCCAAGAGGGAAAAAAAGGAAGAGAAAAAGAAAAAAGAGAAAGGGGGAGAAACGGAAAAGAAACUGAGAAAAGGAAGAGUUGGUUUAACAAGAAGAAGAAGAAAGAAAGGAGGAAGAAUCAAGAACCUUUGGAAGAAUGAGUUGGCCUCAAGAGGCAUUAGGGAAAAUAGACCUUAAAUUCACGUAAUGUUCAUUUGAAUUUUUCAUUGCCAUAUAAUAGGUGGGUUUGGAGAAAAAGGCAACAACAACAAGCAGUGAAAUAAGAAGAAGAAGAUUAGCGAGAGAGUCGGAGGGUGGGGCAGGGGAGGGGGUAGGGGGUAGGAGUCUAUAAUGCUUUGUGAAUCAUUGCGUGAUCGAAUACAGCCAUGGCUUCGUGAUUACGACAGGCUUCAAUCAUUGGCCGUCAUCCUCCUCUACAUUCAGGUUGGGUGCGCAUUGGUGGGAUCGCUGGGAGCACUGUACAACGGGGUGUUGCUGAUAAAUCUGGCGAUUGCAUUGUUCGCUCUGGUAGCAAUCGAGAGCAGCAGUCAGAGCCUCGGCCGUACAUAUGCCGUCCUUCUCGUCUGCACCGUCUUCCUCGAUGUCUUUUGGUUCAUUCUCUUUUCCCACGAAAUAUGGAACCUUUCUCCUGGGAGUAAUACAAUUUGGUACAUCUUCUCAGUGAAACUCACUCUCGUCAUGCAAAUUGUUGGCUUUUCUGUGAGGUUAUCCUCCUCCUUCUUGUGGAUUCAGAUUUACAGGUUGGGCCUUUCCUAUGUAGACACUAGUGCACUUCCUAGAGAAGCCGAUUUUGAUUUGAGAAAUAGUUUCUUGAGUCCAACUACUCCUGUUGUACCUCGACAAACUUCAGAUUCUAGUGAUGCUUUAGGAGGCUCUAUUUAUGAUCCAGCUUAUUACUCAUCACUCUUUGAAGAUGGUCAGUAAAGGAGAGACAUGAGGGAGAAAGAGCAUAAUGAAGGAAUGUAGACAGUGCCCCACUUGUGGUUGUCAAAAUUCACCGCAGACAAGAUUCUGUGAAUAUAUCCCUACAAGACAACAAGAAAGUAUCUAUUGAAGAUUAGGGGUCUCACCAGCAUGAUGCCUUCCACAGACAACAAGAAAAUAUAUAGAUUCGAAAAUGUUUGAGGAGAAAGGUAGCAGGAACACGUAGAAUUCUAGUGAUGCAAUGUAUGUACCAUUCCCUAUGAGACCAUCAAAGUCCUCUUUGACUUUGAGGCAAGAAUCUUUAUAAAGGACAGGAGGGUUGGAUACCAUGAACAACGACGCUAUUCUCAAUUCUUUGUAUCCAACUUGGUUAAGGAAAGUAAUUCUAAUUAGGCUUCCUUGAAAAAGGACGUGAUAUGUCUGUUCUGGACAGAUGUCCACUCUGGGCAAGUUUGCUGCUCUGGUAACAUUUGCAUUCUAGGAGUGGGAGCUGAAAGGUUUGACUUCAACUGUUCUAAGUGGGUGUGGUCAACCUUGUUCUUUGGACUUGAAAAGGCCCUUUCCAUCAGAGGAAUCCUGUAGGAUUUACUUGGACUUGGAUCAUCGUUGGAUGGUAGGCCAGGCAACAGUAGAGAACGUUGAUGUUCUUGCCAUUCUAGCCCCGAAGUUCUUGCUAAAAUUGGUUUCGAUCAUUGAGUCAUUAUGGCAUCCAUUAGAUGGGGCCUUUUGUGGAUAUGUUUUGUGGUGAUUGAAGGAGAGGGUAUCCAUGCAGUUUGUUACACUCAUCCACUUUGAUCUGACUUCAUCGAUGAUGUUGAGCAAUCACCUAGAUGCAGACUUGAGAAUAUUGAAGUCUCCAAGGAAUCAAAGGCACGAACUCUGCAAAUACUUUUCCUUCCUUUUCUGGCCAAUGAAUGAACCAUGUGAUCAACAAAAGUGUUUGUUGUAGAGAUAUAUUGGUUAGUACAUGUAAGGAAUUUUCAUUGGGACCCUUGUUUGGGAUGUGAGAAUUGUUUUGCACCCAUUGUCACAGUUUCUACUUGUGCUUUUUCCUUUUGGGAAAAUGAUACAUAGAAGAUCAUUAGAAAAGUGUAAAGGAUUUCAUUUUCUAAAAAGUUCAUUGAGGGUCAACACUCGAGGGGAUGAGUAUGCUAAGGGCCUUAGGUUGAAGUGUUUAUGAAGUCAUGUGAUAAUAAAAACAAAUAAAAAGAAAAAUUAAAAGUGAUGUGUUCGUAUUGCAUUGUGUUCUGGUUCCCUGCAUGAUGGUUUUAACAGUAUUCCACCAGGGGAAAAAAUUGAACUGGAAUAUAUGGUGUACUAUGUGCAACAUCUAAUUUGCAGAUUUACAUUUUGCUAUGAUUUGAACCACUGAGAUAUGCGUUGGUGUUUGAAGUUUGGAAACAUCUGAUAUCUUUUGUUUCUUCAGAUUUUCGUAAUAUUGCUCGUGUAUUAGAAGGUAGCAUUGGCUGUUUCUCAACUGUUACCAAAUUGAAACCACUGUUAUUUGU